AUGUGGAAAUAUCACAUGCAAAAGGCGGAACAAUCGAUAGAAAAACAUUUAGGACCGUUUGUCCAAAUAACCGUUUUUCGUAUACAAGAGAAGCCCGAAGGCGAGGCGCAGGAAUUGGAUCAGACCAUAUUGACGGCGCUGUUCAAAUCGCAACACUUGAGCCCACCGGAACAGCUGAGUUUGGCGUUGACAUGGAAUCGCGUCGAUAUAGCUCGUAGCGAAAUUUUCGUCUAUGGGCAGGAAUGGCCACACGGCGCUUUGGACGAGGCGAUGAUGCAGGCACUCGAGCACGAUAGAAUCGAUUUUGUGAAAUUACUAUUGGAGAAUGGUGUUUCAAUGAAGAAAUUUUUGACAAUACCACGCCUUGAGGAAUUAUAUAAUACAAAACAUGGUCCAGCCAAUACUUUAGGUUACAUUUUACGCGAUGUACGUCCACACAUCCCCAAAGGAUACGUCUACACAUUACAUGAUAUCGGCUUAGUUAUUAACAAAUUGAUGGGUGGCGCGUAUCGCUCCUAUUAUACACGCCGAAAAUUUCGUCCGAUUUACGCCAAAGUUAUGAAUAGUUAUGCCAAUGCACACCGAAAAUCUUCAACAUAUCAACGUUAUGCUGGCGCGAAUUCCUUGAGUUUGGUUACCGGAUUGCUGCCAUUCACAACGGAAAUGGCACUUUUUGAAUUUCCUUUCAAUGAGUUGUUGAUUUGGGCAGUGCUAACGAAACGCCAACAAAUGGCGUUGCUUAUGUGGACGCACGGUGAGGAGGCGCUAGCAAAAUCCUUGGUGGCCUGCAAGCUGUACAAGGCAAUGGCGCACGAGGCGGCCGAGGAUGAUUUAGAUACGGAAAUCUAUGAUGAAUUGCGCGCAUAUGCAAAGGAAUUCGAAAGCAAAGGCAUCAAGUUACUAGAUUUCAGCUAUCGUACAGAUGGGGAGAAGGCUCAACGACUGUUGACAUGUGAACUGCACUCAUGGUCGAACCAAAGUUGCCUUUCCCUGGCGGUGGCCGCCAAUCAUCGUGCACUUCUGGCACAUCCGAGCAGUCAAGUGAUAUUGGCCGACUUGUGGAUGGGCGGUUUGCGAACGCGUAAAAAUACAAAUUUUAAGGUUAUCUUAGGUCUUUUGAUACCCGUUUAUAUCAGACAUUUGGAUUUCAAAUCCAAAGAAGAGCUACAACAAAUGCCACAAACCGAAGAAGAGCACUUGGAGAAUCAAAAUUUGGACAACGACGAUUCGGAUCGUUCGCAGCCCGAUGCUGAGAAUGCGCUAACAAAAGCGAAAAGAUCAAUUUCCUUCAAGUGUAGGAUAAGCAGUAACAAUAAUCAAGACAAGUGCAAACUUAUAACAAUCGAAAAGACAUCACCGUCGUAUAAUAGUUUAACAUCUCAUUCAACACAUGCACUUUUGGCGGACACAUACUCCAUACGCGAUACUAAAGUACAAGAAAAUGGAAAAUUUUCAUAUAAGAAAAAAGUAAUUGGCCAUUCAUCGGUUUAUGGUUCCAGCAGUAAAUCAUCAUAG